GUCAAGAUGGCGGUUGUUGUGGGCACUUGGCCAUUUAGCUUAGAAGCGGUGAAAUUGAUCUCUAGAAAGCUACGAGAAGGGAACGGAUGUAUUGAUGCACUGGAAAGUGGAAUCAAUUUAAUUGAAGAAGAUCCUGACACAGGUCUCUAUUUUGUUGGGAGAGGAGGAUUACCUAACUCUAAGGGUAUUUUGGAGUGUGAUGCGGCAGUCAUGGAUGGAGAUACGUGUCGUUUUGGAGCAGUUGCUGCUUUGCAAGGAGUUGCAACUGCUUUCUCUGUUGCAAGAUGUGUGAUGGAAAAGUCACCUCAUAGUAUGCUUGUGGGAAGCGGUGCACAGGAAUUUGCUCAGAAUAAUGGGUUCCCUGUGGAAUCAAAUUCAGCUUUACAGACACAGCAGUCAAGAGAAGCAUUUCAGAAAUUUCUUGAGAAGUCAGGUGAAGAAGAAGGAGGCCAUGAUACCAUAGGCAUUUUGGUCAUGGACUCAAGGAGCCAUCUUGUUGCAGGUGUUUCUUCAAGUGGGAUUUCCUUCAAACACCCAGGCAGGGUUGGAGAUUCACCUCUCCCAGGGUCAGGAUUAUAUGCUGAUAACGAGAUUGGAGCAGCAGCAGCUACUGGGGAUGGUGACAAAAUGAUGAGAUUCUGUCCUGCUUUUCAUGUUGUUCAACUCAUGAGGCAGGGCCAUUCUCCACAAGAAUCUUGUGAGUUAGUGAUCAAAGAAGCCCAGCAAAAAGCAAGAACAGCUACUAAACCAUUUGAAAUGGCCUUGAUUGCUAUCAACAAAAAGGUAAUGCAGUGAAAAGUUUUGU